ACGAGCGCCGGAAAUUGGCUCGCAGCGCCGGAAACGGCUGCAGAGGCGGCCUCGUGGAGGAGACGGCAGCAUGGGGCAACCGGGGAAGUCCCGUCACCAGAAGCGCGCGCGCGCCCAGGCGCAGCAACGCAACCUCGAGGCCUACGCCGCGCAGCCGCAUUCGUUCGUGUUCACCCGGGGCCGCGCGGGUCGUAGCGUCCGGCAGCUCAGCCUAGACGUGCGGCGCGUCGUGGAACCUCUCACCGCCAGCCGCCUGCAGGUUCGCAAGAAAAAUUCGCUGAAGGAUUGUGUGGCUGUGGCCGGGCCCCUGGGGGUCACACACUUUCUGAUUUUGAGCAGAACAGACACCAGUGUAUACUUUAAGCUGAUGCGUCUUCCUGGAGGCCCAACUCUGACCUUCCAGGUCAACAAGUACACGUUGGUGCGGGAUGUGGUCUCCUCACUUCGCCGCCACCGCAUGCAUGAACAGCAAUUUGCUCACCCGCCCCUCCUGGUCCUCAAUAGCUUCGGCCCCCAUGGCAUGCAUGUGAAGCUCAUGGCCACCAUGUUCCAGAAUCUGUUUCCCUCCAUCAACGUGCACAAGGUGAAUCUAAACACCAUCAAACGCUGCCUCCUCAUCAACUACAACCCUGACUCGCAGGAGCUGGACUUCCGCCAUUACAGCAUCAAGGUGGUCCCUGUGGGUGCCAGCCGGGGCAUGAAGAAGCUGCUGCAGGAGAAGUUCCCCAACAUGAGCCGCCUGCAGGACAUCAGCGAGCUGCUGGCCACGGGCGCUGGCCUGUCCGAAAGCGAGGCGGAGCCUGAUGGGGAACACAAUGUCACAGAGCUGCCCCAGGCCAUCGCAGGCCGUGGCAACAUGCGGGCCCAGCAGAGUGCUGUGCGCCUCACUGAGAUCGGGCCCCGGAUGACACUGCAGCUCAUCAAGAUCCAGGAGGGAGUUGGUGCUGGCAAUGUGUUGUUCCACAGUUUUGUGCACAAGACUGAGGAGGAGCUCCAGGCCAUCCUGGCCUCCAAGGAGGAGAAGCUGCGGCUCAAGGCGCAACGGCAGGACCAGCAGGCCCAGAACGUUCAGCGCAAGCGGGAGCAGCGGGAGGCGCACAAGAAGAAGAGCCUGGCGGGCAUGAAGCGGGCAGGGGUGGGGGCAGGGGCCGAUGGCGAUAGUGAUGCGGAGGACCCCGGGGCGUCCCCAGAGGCAGAGGGGCGUGGCCAGCUGGAGGAGGAAGAGGAUGAAGCCGAGUACUUCCGCCAAGCUGUGGGCGAGGAGCCAGAUGAGGACAUGUUCCCUGGAGCGGCCAGGCGGAGGCAGCCCAGCGGGCCUCCAGGCAGAAAGCGGCAGCGGGUGACAGGGCAGAGACACGGUCACACUGGAGCCCGGAAGCCCCCGGAGGCCAAGGGUAGACCACAAGGGGCCCACGCCAAGCAGAGGCCCAGAGCUGCCACCCCAAGUCAAAGAGGAGGCCGAGGCAGGCCGCCGAAGAGACUCCUGAGUUGAGCCCCGCAGGAUGCAGAUGGAAUGCCCCACGUUGGGGCCUGGGGGCGCCCCAGUUUCCUUUCAUAAAGGAGUUGUCACCUCCCCACCAAUAAACGCUGGAACAUGGCGUGG